UUCAGUUUGUGAGUGCCGCCAGAGCUAUGUCCAACUUGUACGGUUUUUGUGGAACAAUGAUGGAAGAGUGCCAUCCUCAGACGAAUCGCAAUGAAGAACAUAUUAAGCGGCCGAUGAACGCUUUUAUGGUUUGGUCGCGUAUUCAGCGUCGAAAAAUCGCCUUAGAUAAUCCGAAAAUGCACAAUUCGGAAAUUUCGAAGCGACUUGGUGCCGAGUGGAAAAUGCUCUCCGAGGUGGACAAGCGGCCCUUCAUCGACGAGGCGAAGCGAUUGAGAGCUUUGCAUAUGAAGGAACAUCCCGAUUAUAAGUAUCGUCCGAGGAGAAAACCGAAAAGCUCGCUGCCGUCGGCGAUGAAGACAGGUUUAGGCUUUCCGAGUUUUCAAUUACCUUACUUUCCGCCAGUAGACGCGCCGUAUCCCUAUUUUAAUCCGGCUUUCGAUCUAUCCAGGAUGAUCCCCAGCGCAGAGAAGAGCCCUAAUCAGAAUGCCGUAGUUACAUCGUUUCAUUCAUCGUUAUAUCCACCGUUUUAUCAUCAAGGUAGUCCGCCGAAAACUUUCCCGUCAGGGCAUAUUGGAAUGUUUCCUACGAUUCCAACGCCGCCCGGCGUCAUGUAUUCAGCGUCUUCAAGUCCCGGCUCGAGCCCGGCGUCUUCAGAGAUGGAAUUACGAAGACCUGUUCCUGUUAUAUUUUAGUUGUGAUUUGUGCGUGAUAAAUUCUUGCGAAAGCACUUUGACUUCCUUGUUAUUUGCUGUAAAUAUGUUGUAAACUCUGUGUUACUGUGAUUUUAUCGACUGAUUAUUUUGUAAAUAAUGUAGCAAUUUGCGAGUAAUGUUAAGCAAUGUUAUUUAUUGUUCCGUUUAACUAAUUGUACAUA